UUAAUAUACGGGUAGCGUAUAAUAACGGCCGCGCGAAGGAUUUUGACGGGGCAUUUCUCCAUUUCGUAACCACCGUCGCAGAAGCUUCCAUUCCGAGAUCCCUUGCCCCCCCUUCCUCCUCCGUUCCAUUCCGCGAUCCCUUCCGUUCUCUUCCUCCCUCGUGCCACCCGGCGGCCCCGCCGGCAUGUGGGCCCCACCCGCGGCCUCGCCGGCUGCGGCGGGGGCGACCCCCUCUCUCCGGCGGCUGCCGUCGCGGGCCGCGGCGGUCCGCGUCCUCGUCGCGCCGCCUGUCGCGGCGCGGACGCAGCAAGACCAGCCGCGGCGGCGGCUGUGCCUCGCGGUGCCGCCGCCCGCGUCGGAGAUGGCCUCCGCGGGCGCUGACGGGGAGGAAGAGGAGGAGGUGGUGGUGGUGGUGGAGACGGAGGCGGGGAGGACGGAGGCGGUGGAGAUGGACGCGGCGGUGCGGCGGGAGCUGGCGAUCCGGAGGCUGCGGGAGGAGGCGGACGCGGACGCCAGCGAGGCUGGGACGGGGACGGGGCGGAGCAGGAGGGACUUCGCCGUGUUCGAGACCGCCAGGGGCGACGCGCUCUUCACGCAGUCGUGGACUCCGGCCGCCGCGGCCCGCGUCAAGGGUGUUGUUGUUCUGUUGCAUGGUCUAAACGAGCAUAGUGGAAGGUACAGCCAUUUCGCAAAACUGUUGAAUGAUCAAGGGCUUAAAGUUUAUGCCAUGGACUGGAUUGGACACGGUGGAAGUGAUGGGGUUCAUGGAUAUGUUUCAUCUCUUGAUCAUGCUGUUGGUGACUUGAAAGAAUUUCUUGAGGAUAUUGUAUUGGAGGAAAACCAUGGUUUGCCAUGCUUCUUAUUUGGGCACUCCACAGGUGGAGCUAUUGUUUUGAAGGCAGCUCUAGAUCCUUGUGUAAAACUUCAUGUAGAAGGUGUGGUCUUAACAUCACCAGCUAUUCAUGUUCAACCAUCUCAUCCAAUCAUCAAAGUUGUUGCACCAAUAUUCUCUGUGCUAGCUCCAAAAUAUAGAGUUAGUGCUUUACAUAAGAGAGGACCUCCUGUUUCCCGUGAUCCAGAGGCUCUGAAGAUGAAGUAUUCAGAUCCCCUUGUGUAUACCGGACCAAUUAGAGUUAGAACUGGCAAUGAAAUACUCCGAAUAUCAUCAUAUUUGCAAAGAAACUUGAGCAGAGUUACUGUUCCUUUUCUAGUUCUACAUGGUACAGCUGACACGAUAACUGAUCCGACAUCAUCCCAGCGACUAUACCACACAUCAAUGUCAACAAAUAAAUCAAUAAAAUUAUAUGACGGAUAUUUGCAUGAUCUUCUCUUUGAACCGGAAAGGGAUGAUAUCGCAAAUGACAUCAUCAAUUGGUUGACCGCAAGACUUGAUGUUCUUGAGAGAAGGUGAGGUGAAUCAGCUACAAGGUCCUUCUACUUAUGCCAGUUUGUGGAACUGGAUACUUAAUAUAGAGUAUAGAAUGUAAUUGUAAAAUAGGAUGUGUCAGGAUGUUUAUCUUCCUUUCCUACCAUCAUGGUCAUUUCUCUUCUGUUGUUAGAUAGAAAAGAGCCUAUGUGAAAAUGUAAGUAAUAUUGGAGUUGUGGAACAUAAUGUAUCUGCUGAUCUGCAGUUUUCUCAUCGAUGCUUUGAAAGGAAAAGUUUGGAUCUUUUUUUUAAUGAA